AUGUCACAAGUCCCAACUCGCCAACUAGGCCGUAACGGCCCACAAGUCACGGCGUUGGGGUUCGGUUGUCUGGGACUGUCGACCUUUUACGGCAAGCCACAACCAGACGAGGAACGGUUCGAGUUUCUCGACCACGCGCACAAGAUCGGGGCGCGGAACUGGGACACCGGUGACGUGUAUGGGGACAAUGAAGACCUCAUUGGCGAGUGGUUUAGACGGAGUGGGAAACGAGACGAUAUCUUCCUCGCGACGAAAUUCGGAACUGUAUGGCACCCGGACGGAUCAAGAACCUUCAAGAACGACCCUGAAUAUGUCAAGGAAGCAUGCGAGAAAAGUCUCAAGAGACUAGGCAUCAGCACGAUCGAUUUGUACUACUGUCACCGACUCAGCGGGAAGACUCCGAUCGAAGACAUGGUUGAAGCCAUGGCUGAUUUGGUCAAACAGGGCAAAGUCAAGUACCUCGGGCUGAGCGAAUGCUCGGCCGCCUCCCUCCGGCGCGCGCACAAGAUCCACCCCAUCUCGGCCGUGCAAGUCGAGUACAGCCCGUUCACGACGGAACUCGAGGACCCCAAAAUCGGCCUGCUCGACGCGUGCCGCGAACUGGGCGUCGCCGUCAUCGCGUACAGCCCCCUCGGCCGGGGCUUCCUCACGGGCCAGUACCGGUCCCUGGACGACUUUGACGCGGACGACAUCCGCCGCACGCUGCCGCGCUUCUCGCCCGAGAACUUCCACAAGAACCUCGACCUCGUCGACGCGAUCGCGUCGCUCGCGAACAAGAAGGGGUGCACGGCCGGACAGUUGACGCUGGCGUGGCUCAUGGCGCAGGGCGACGACAUCAUCCCGAUCCCCGGCACCAAGAAGAUAAAGUACCUGGACGACAACAUGGGCGCGCUGGACGUCACGUUGACGCCCGAGGAGAACCUGGAGAUCAGAAAGGCAAUCGAGAACGCCGAGGUCAGUGGCAGUCGGUAUCCGCCGUUCAUGCAGGCUUACAACUUUAUGGACACCCCUGAGAGGACGUAG